AUGUCAAAUACCUCUAUACAAAGCAAGCCUCCUGCCGGCGAGUCAGAUGAUUGCGUCAUGGUCAACCAACCUACCAUGGACGCGCAUAAGCUAUGGAUCCACUGCAACCGCUGCUACGAACUGUAUGCGCGCAAGAAAUUUAAGCUCUUCCUUCUCGCCUGUCACCAUGUGUCCUGCGAGAAGUGCGUGAAGGUGUGUGUGGGUCGUACUCCAAGCGAUGCACUCAUCUACCAGUGCCCCAUCUGCCGCAAGGAGGUGCGCGGUCGCGAGGUGGGCAACAACAUGCCCAGCGGCAUCAAGAUGCUCUUCCAUCCGGAGCCCUGGUCGCUCCACAACGACUUCAUCGAGACGUUCCAGGAGAGCAACAGUCGUCACAUUGCCAAAUUCAAGGAACGUCAAGAGAAGCUGGUCGCCAAACUGGCCAAGGAUAUCGAAAUGACCAAGGCCAUCUGCCAGAAGCGUUACAUCGAGAUGAAGCACCUGACUGUGGAGCGGCGCAAGGCUUUCCUUCGUCAGCGUCAAAUAAAAGUGGCACUGGCCAACAGGAAGAAUGAACAGUCACUAAUGGCCAUGAAGAAAAAGGAGGAACUUAGGAAGAAGCAGCUUCUGGCUGCUUCUUGCUCCUAUAAAUCUGGAUCCCAGAAAUCCAAGUCAUCGCAACGAAACCAGCGUUCAAGAUCCGCCUCACCGGGUCUGAGUACCUCGAAGGGAAGUGCCAAACGCAAAGUGACCGUAUUUAUGCACCUCUCCAAUCAUUCCUUCGACCUCUAA